CGGCGCUUAGCUGCGUCUGCGGAGUAGGUGACGCAGAGUUUGAAGAGGACCAUGUAGACAAACUACACGAUUCGGACGAUCCGGUAACUUAUUGCUUUGAAAUCUGGGAUCAUUUGCCUGAGACUGAUACUUGUCUCCCACAUGCCCAGGCCAAAAGGAGGCGAUUCCCAAGGUCUGUGACCCGCGAAUGGGCUCCAUGAAGAAGAUAUUCCCCGUUUAUCGAAAUAAUCAGCACCAAAUCCCAGUCCAACUUGAUCCGCGAUUUCUAAGUCCUGGUAUUCCCCGUAUGUGUUAUGGUCUGGCAACGGCAGUUGCGUCAACUAAAAAUCCGGGUGUAUCAACAGACGAUUCUCUCCGCCAUCGCUAAGACCCCUCGCAUGUCCAACGCUCCCUUUCCCUUUCUGCUCACUUGGGGCUUGCCUUCGUGCUCUGGCACGUCUUACAUGCCGCUCUCCGCGCUGGGGUUUGUCUUCCCCACUGGUGUCGAUAUCCGCAUCGCCUUCACCAUCAGUGUCUGGUUGUUGUUGCUCUUGCCAUUUUUUUUGGCGCGCACAUUCUAACAUGACAUGACACUUGACACUAGCCAAGCUUUUAGGACUGCUUGUAGAUGCAUCGAUAAACUUAUAUCGCAUUGCGAAAUUGGAGGGACGUGCUGAGGGAGGAGCGGCAGAACGUGACGGCUCCUUCGCAGGUUCGGACAUGGCAACCAUGAUUGUGAUUAUCAAAUGUGGUGAUGUAGUUGGCUGUCAUUUGGAUAAAAUUCAAGGAAAGAAGGGAUGGAACGGAUAUAUGUUCUUCGUGAUGUUCUAUUUAGAACAGAGCGGAACAGAGCCUGCGGGAAGGCUAGAUGGGACGCAACAACAAUUAGCAGUAAAAAUCAAAGAAUGAAUUAACUACCUGCGAGCGGUGCGAUGGAGAUCAUAGCAGCAUUUGACGUUCCAUGCUAGAGGAUAGUAUCAUGAUACGAAUAACUUAGAUAUCCCACCCCUACUAUCUACCUCUUGGAAACUCGAUCAAAUUUGUCCAUUUGGUUAAUUGAUGCAUCAAAAAGCGGACAUGCUUGACCGCACCCCCCUGCUACCCAGCGAUUCCAAAAGUCCUCAGGUCUGAUUUGACUGGUCUGGCGACUUGGGUGUAUAAAUAACGGUCUAUUUAUGGCGGCCGAUGAGCGCAGGAAGAGAACGGCGGAUUUAGCAACCAUGGUGAAAGCGUUCCCGAUAGUGGUAAUCCGUAGCACACUCAUGGACAAUUAAAUUAAUCAAUUUUCUCUUAUUCGGUUCUAUAUCUUUUUACAUCCCGCAUUUUUGUGUCUCAUGAGUUUGCUAUUAGGCCACUGGGGCAAAAGAGCUCAAUCACCAUCAGUGUGCACUGAUGGGAGAGGGGCUCCAGCCCACGAAAAGCGCUGCCGCCAGGCAAGUUAAAUAAGCGACCGCCGUGAGAGCUCUCAGACCUGCUCCGCGAUCAAUCCUGCGCCAGACAGAGCUUCACACCCAGACACUCCGCUCGCCUCAGGUCAACGGCUUCCUUCUGCAGCUCUCUGUCGUUGUCCUCAAUAGAAUACUAUCUACUCUAUGUACUUGAACUCGAACACGAACUCGAACAAGCUUCUAUCCUUCCGAUGCCAACCAUACCCAGUCCUCCAGCUGCGCAGACCAACUCUCUGUGUACAUCCACAUCCACCCGGGCUUUCUCAGCAUACAAAGCUGUUCAGAGUGCUAGGAUUUAAUAUUGCUACUCAAGGCGUCUAAGCCAUUAUACUUGACGCCAGAAGUCAAGCGCCUCCAGAGCUGCACAAGUCGCGUCGAACCUUCCCUUGACCUCCUUCUCCCUCCAAUAAAUUCACAACCCAACAUUUCGCUUUCCCGCACCCUAGAACAGCAUUGCCAUGUUCCGCGUUCACCCUCUUUACAAAAUAAACGAAUCCUGUUAGACAGAGCUGGCCCCUCUCCAUCAUCCCACGUGCUGCCCUUCGAGAAAUUCCGCCACUGUCAGUCACUUAGAUAUCGUUCGCAGAAAGCAGCGGCUUCGUAAUACCAGCUACCUACGUUAAAAGCGGUAUGGAUAUUGACGCAGAUGGAUCCCCUCCAAGAACGGUGGCAAGCACGUUUACAGACCUAGAUGUCAAUCCUUAUGAGACAAACGCGGAAAAAUUACCACAAUCGGACCGAUUUCUAGCUCGACAUCCUCACUGCGGCCGUUACCGCCCAGGCAUUAGCGAUUUCAAACCCGACCCAGUUCACUGCAACUCUAAUAAUGACGAGUCGCUCCGCUACUGGGAAGCUGUUCUGGCCAAAUGCGACGAGAAGACGCGUAUCAGCAUCCCAGCAGCUGGCAAGAGAGAUACAUUUGCAUUGGGGAGUGUGAUUGUGAAAAGUGACCACAUUUCUACAGAGUCGACCGGGGACUACAGCAUCGCAGAUGAAAACGAAGCCCAGGCUAUCAAGGUAGCAGAGAAUAUCCUUCCAGAUAUCCAAUUACCACAGAUAUAUCUCAGAACCAAAAUUAAGGGUCGCGACGUGCUUGUUCAGUCUCGCAUCCCGGGGGUUUCAUUGGAAGUCGCAUGGCCUUACCUUACCAGACAACAAAAGGAAAGCUUCAAGAGACAAGCGCGAAACAUAAUACGAAAAAUUGACAGUGCCAAUGAUGGUCGAAGUAGUCCGUCCUACGUUGUCAAGGGAAGCAAGCCAAAAGAGGAACACCGGUUGCAGCAGGCGGAAUACGACAUCCUCUUCGGAUCUGCCUCCGCUUCGAACCAGACUCUAGCUUUUACCAAUAAUAAUAUGGCUCCCGCUAAUAUAAUCGUAGAUAACGAUACAAUCGUCGGGCUUGUUGGGUGGUAUAAUGCUGGCUACUUCGGUUGGGAUCGAGCCAAAACUAUUCAUAGUAAAAUCCGAUGCCUUGAUUCCGCCGACGUCUCCUCUGACGGUGGCGUAUCGAUACCAGAUGCGUUUUGGCGCGAUCUUUACGAUAUUUCUGUCAGCCAUUCCGCUACAAGUAAUCUACUCGAGUUGAAACCUGAUAUCAAAACUGAGCCGCCCACUCCAACCUUAGAAUCUAUCCCUAGCAGUUCGACAGCUGAUAUCCCAGUGCAGACGAAAGAGCCAUGGACACCCAGGAAGAUUACAGACCUUAAACGUGAAUCCAUAUCCCGCGCUUCAUCCACGGAGCGUUCGUCUCCGGCAACAUCAACCAAGGCCGCAGGUCCUAGUCCUGACCCAAGCACGAAGAAAAGACCGGCGUCCUCCACCAAAAAGGGAACUUCUACCAAAAAACCUACUACUAAGAAGCGCAAGUUGAAUCCAAAUGACACUGAAAGAGUAGAUGGUACGGCUUCGCCGCUUCGGCGAUCAGCAACACCGGUAUCAUCGCGUGCCAGCAAGGCUCCAGCUGCGAAGAAUCGGAAACAGAGUUCGUUGUCCGUUGCGGGUUCUCCAGCACCGGAAAGUAAAAAGGCAGCAAAAGCAACCGAACCUCAGGAAGAGGAGGAUGACGUCGAUGAAGUUGAAGAUCCGUCGGAGCUGUUUUGUAUUUGUCGUAAACCUGACAAUCAUACUUGGAUGAUUGGUUGUGAUGGCGGAUGUGAGGAUUGGUUCCAUGGGAAGUGUGUCAAGAUCAAACAAGAAGAUGCUGAUCUGAUUGAUAAAUAUAUUUGUCCUACCUGCGAAUCAAAAAAUGGAACCCAUACGACUUGGAAGCGGAUGUGUCGUCUCCCAGGCUGUCGACGACCAGCCCGUAUUUCAGGGGGUAUGGUCCCCAGCAAAUAUUGCAGUGACGAACAUGGCCGAGAGUUUAUGCGGCAGAAAGCUUCGCUCUCAAAACAGGGAUCGGCCGCUGGACUUGCAUCUGCUGCGAAGAUGUCAGCUUCGAACAGUCGUUCGCGAGGAUCAUCAGUAACCGUUGGAAAACGCUUUCAAAAAGGAGUUCAUCGUGAUAAUACAGAAGCAGAAGUAGGCCAGCCGGAACUCGGCACAUCAAAUCCCAAUGAAGAGGAUGAAGAGGACGAGGAUGACAUCGAAUUAGACGAAACCGAAGCGGACAGUGGGCAAACCGAAGACCUUGGCAGUAGAGGUGGUGUUCUUACUAAGAAUGACCUGAAAGCUGUCGUCACGGGAGUGAAAUCUGCACUGGAUUUUCGUGAACUGGGCGACAACAUCCUACCUCCAUCUGUGGCCAAAAGCCUAACAUCAUCGAGUGACAUUCCUGGAGAAGAUUCAUUGUCUGAAUCCAAAGCCAACAUAGCGCCUCAAGACCUUGAUCACAUCGACCUGGAUCUCGAUACUCGUCACAUCCAGUUCACAACCAAUGAACGCCAGCAUCUCCACAACCUCCGUAGGAAACGAACAGAACUCCGCAACCAGCUCGAAAUGCUCCAAGACCGCGACACUUUCCUUACUAUGAUUCGCCAACGCGCAAAAACAAUCCUUGAGCACCUUCGCCAGGCGGACCCCAAAAGCAGCACGUCCGCUUGGAAAGAUAUCUGCGGGUAUGAUUCUCGCCUUUCAUGGUCUGAUGACGAGUUCAAUGAGUGGAGAUGGUCAGAAGUGGGAAAGAAAGCGCUUCGGUCUGGGGUUCUUGAAGCUGCUGAUUCCGGAAAUGAUGGUGGCGGGGAUGUUGAGAUGCAAGAUGUCGACGGGAACCGUAACACUGUUGAUAGGAUCGCUCGCGGCGUUUGUCUCAAGAAACGCUGUGAGAGGCAUAGACAGUGGGUUAAGGUACAGCAGCAAGACAUGCAACACGAGCAAAGGGUUGCGAGGGAGGAGCUGGAGAAAUGUGAAAACGAUACUAAGGAUGUUAUUGGUCGGAUGGUUUUGCGGGUCGUUGGAGAUAAGGAUAGUGGGAAUCCUGCCAAUGUCCCUGCUACGCCGGCCGCUACCGCUGUGACCUCUACCUCUGGAAAUAAGAAGGAUGUGGACGGGAAGACUACGGUCGGAGGAUAAUGUUGGAAAUCAAGUCUCUAUGAAUUAAAUUGCAUUUAUUCUUAGGGAUGAUGAAAUAAGGCGCAAGAUUUCUAGACACCGUUUCUCCCGAAGAUGAUGCCGACGCCGCUAUCUGAUGAUUCGGUUGUUUAUAUUCGUAUCCUGUGUGGUUGAGGUGGCUGGAGAAUCAAUAUUGCUUUUGCUUCUCACUAGGUCCUUCAGGGGUUGGCGAAGGCGAGAGGGUUCGAUGAUCAACUUUGUGUGCCAGUUCUCCAAUGGUCAGUCUACUGAUAACAACACCCUCCUGCUAUGGCUGCGGAAUAUAAUGAGCCAGCAGGUCUCUAUUGACUACCAGACGAAAAGGUGCGCGUUGAGCUUGACGAGAAUUGGAUCGAAUUCGUGACGCCUGAAUCAUUGAAUAGCAAGUAAGCAACGUGCGGUACCGAAAUAAUAGAAAGCUCCACAAAACAACUGAAGCAAUAGUUUAUUUAACAUUGCAAAAAAGAAUUAAGAAACAGAAAGGGACAUACCGUAAACAAGAACAAACGCAAAAUACCACCGGCAAUACCCAUCACCAAGGCUUGUCGCUACCAGUGGCCAUGUAUCGAUCCAAGCUCUUUUUGACGUGCCGGUUGAUAUCUCUCGCAGCCAACUCGCUCUCUUUAUGAUGAUAAUAUCUCGUUACCCCGAAGCCAUAUAUAAUGCCAUCAACAUGCGCUUUGUCCAACAUAGAUGCCACACGCUUGCUGUCGCCGAUCUGGCUAGUCCAGCCAAAGACUCUCCGGACAAGACCCUCCUGCCGAGCCUUCGCUCCAUUCCUCAACCUAGUGCAAGUCUUGUGUCCAUCCUCUGUACAAUUUCCAAAUCCCUUGUGAAGUUCCGUAUAGCCAUAAUCCAUUACCCUCUGCGCAGGUUUUACUCCGCUCCCCUUCUUCUUGUAGACGUUCAAAACUUUGUCCACCUCACCGCUCAGACAUACCGCCUCGCCAUCCUUCAGGUUGCCUUGAAUGUAAUUGAAACCGGCAGAAUCGGUCGCGCCGGCACCGUAGAAGCCGUAGAGAAUGCGCACACCCGCAGGCUGCAGGUAUUUCUGCGCCAGUUUCUGUAGCGACUGCAUGGAGCAUUUCUGGCUGCUCUUGCACUUGCUGGGAUCCAACACGUCCUUGUUGCAGGAUUUUCCAGAGCACAUGUUCGGGGUCUUGAGGUCCAGCCAGACGAAUGCGAUGCGCUUGUUCUCUUUGGCGAUCGCUUUGAACAUAACCUCCAGCGAGUCGCCCCAUGACUUGCUCCGGAUGUCAUGGUCUGCCCACCACCCUUCUUUGUACGCGGCAAUGUCGACCUCGACCGAAUUGGCGCCAUGUGCGAUGGCAUCUCUGAGACCCCUUCUGUCCAGGACCAUGUGAGCAAUGGCGUAUGUAGGUCUCCUUUUUCCGACUCGCCCGCCAACUGCAAGCUCAACUGGAGAACCGAAGACGAGGGGGACUGCUAUGAGAACGCAGAGAAAAGCGCAUAUUGUGUGUAUUAGGGAUCGCAUUUUCUAGUUCAAAUUUCGUUUUCACGGCUAAAAAUAAGCGUAUAGAAAAUAGCAGUUUGGUUAUGAACAAGGCCGCAUAGACGGUGUUGAUAUGUUGUUGCUUGGAGCAUUCAGCUGUCCAGAAAAACCAAGGCGAUUUAUAUCAUUUGAUUGUUAAAGAGCGACGAUCAAUGAGAGAAAUUAAAAAAAAAAAAAAAAAAAAUGGGGGGGGGGAUGAUAGAAUAAUGCCUAUAACUCUCCAUGGCCGCUUCAGCCCCCAUGAUAGACACAUUGAUGCUCCAUCCGUGAACCUCCUAGCAGGGUACGGAAAAGGUAGGAUUUGCGGAUAUAAAUAGUUUUUAGGCACGGAGGAAUGUAAUCUAGUUAUAAUAACUGAGUCAGCCAUCUUCCCAUCAUUUUGUAUGUUUAUAAUCAAAUAUAACAACAAUCACAUAAGAAAAAUAGAUUAAGUAUAUGAAG